UGGUUUGAGUGUGGAGGACUAAGCCUUUUUGUUGUUGAAUAUUGGGAGAAGACUUGUUUUACGAUUGAAAUGGGCGAAGCAACCAACAAGAGGUAGUCUCUAGAUCGAUCCAACACACGCAUAUACUUAUUGUCCUACAAAACUGAUGUUUGACAGAUGACCCACUGAGACCAGAAGUUUCUGGCUAAAUGAGCUCUAGAUAAUCUUUAUCCGUUUUAAGAUGGUUUUGAUUGUUUAUUCGUUGGCAGUAUCACUAGUAUAAAUAUCGCCUUAUUCUUCAAGAAAAGAAUAUAGAAGUUUGUAUUUCUCAAAACUAAACACUCGUUUUUAACUAUAUCCAGUCCAAGCUAAAAGAUAUAAAAGAUAAUAUUUUGCAACUCGAUUCAAAGCUAAACCAAUAAAACUUCAAAAAAAUAAUUGAAAAUGACUAUAUCUGAAGAACAACCAAAACAAAACAAAUCCCAACUUCCAAAAGUAUUUCCACCUCAAACUGAAAAACCACAAUGUUCAGAAUUUGAUCAAAAUACAGUAAUCAUGCCCAACUUCCCAUUUAUUAACUUUAAGAAAAGUGAAAAGAAACAAAAAGUUUAUGAAGGUGCUAUUCCUUUCGCUAAUCAAGAAGAUAAAGAAACAAAACAUCUUAACGAGAUAUAUAAUUUAUUUGAAGAGCAAAGCAGAGAAGAGCGCGAAUAUAUGCGUAAAUUUCCUUGCAAACAUAGGUUUUAAAUUGCUUAUAAUGAUCAAUCCAGACUUUAAAGGUGCCUAAUAAAUAUUAUUUUUUUACGUUUUAUUAGUUUGUUUUAUAUUUGUACUUUUGUAAUUUUUUUCCUAUUAGAUUCUAUGUCGUUAUAUAUUAUAGUCUUUUUUUGGUCUAGAAAAUUUGAAAUAAUUAAAAAAACAGUUUUUAAUAAUUUUCUAGGUAAAACUUCCUAAUUUAUAUCCCUUUUUUCCUUAAAAAAAACAAAAAACGUAAUAAAAA